GGAAUCACAGCAGGGAGGCUUAGAUGAGCUGGACUUUGUUCUAACAUUUGUGUCGCAGUUUUUAAAAACUUACGAUUCCUGCUUGCCUUGCUGAUAAGACGAACCUCUGAUUCUCGUCAAGAAAACAAACCAGCCUUAAUCAGGGCUACGGGGAAAGAACAGUGGAGUUUAACCAACUGAUAAUCUGUUUCUCAAUAGACUCCUGGGCGAGUGGUGGACAUUGCCCUGCCAGUCACAAAAAAGGAUCCUGAUCAGCGCCAGCAAUGUAUGGACUUUAUAGAAAUCAACAGAUUCCUUUGUAUGAUGACAACCACUCACUUGACAAUGUGCGGCUACCUGAAAAAUCUCCAUUCCAAAGAACUCAAAGUGUUGGUAACAGACCAAAUGCAAAGGCCAUUUAUCAGCAAAGAAAAGCCUAUGCACAGAAACUGAGGUCCACAGAUAACCUGAUCGAGCACCGUGUUGAGCAUUUGAUUAGCUGUGACCAUGACUUGAACAACAAGGUAAAUGUUGAACACUGCAUCCAGCAGCUGAGGAAGUUUGAUGCUGAGGGGAAGGUCUGGGGUCAGGACAUGUUACUGCAGCUAAGUGAUACUUCCUUCACACUGGCUGACCUUGAGACUAAGGAUGAGCUGGAGAACUUUCCCAUUGAUGAUAUUCAGGAGAGCCACGCAAUACUGAAUAAAUGCAUCUACAACUCCAUCUUGGCAGUCACCAUCAGCAGGAGACACAUAAUGAAGACUAGUGUCUUCUUAUUCCAGUGUGAGGAAGUCUCUGCUGACCUCAUGCAUCAUGAUGUGCAGAAAAAGAUCAUGAAAAAGAUGGAAAAUGGAAAGCAGGAGAUGCCGAGGCACCCUCCAAGAAAUGAGAUGCACUUUCAGCCACCUUAUAAGAUACCUCCAGUACCACCAAAAUCACUCCUGCCAGAUUAUGAUAACAAUCUGGAGCCUGCAAUGAUAGAGCCUAGAAGCUGGACACCAUCUGAGAAUGAUGCAUCUUUGUAUAAUGAACCGCUAACAGUGAAUUCAGAAAGAGAUCAGGACAUCCUCAAUCAUGUAUUAGAUGACAUUGAGCUCUUUACUGAUAAACUUCAAGGAGCCAUUGUCACUAAUCCUCAGCUGAUGAAGAAGAAGAAGAAAUUAAAAAAAAUUAAAGAAGUAUUGCCACCAGAGGCAGAAUACAGGAAUUGCAUACAGAAGAUAAAAUAUGCCUUUAAUUUGUUGGGCAAGUUGGAGUCGCAACUUGACAAAUCAAAAGUCGGGGAUUUAGUUCACUGUAUUUUCCAGAGUCUUCACUUUAUCCUGGAGUACCUCCCAGAGAAAGAUCUAGCAAUGGACGUGAUUGUUCCAUUGCUAAUACCAAGUGCCAUAGAACUAUUGACUUCAUACGCAAGUGCGAAGGAGAAGAAGAUCUGGAGCAGUCUGGGAGAUGCAUGGUACACUACAAGAUCAGACUGGCCAAACAGUGAAACUUUGGAACCAUACAAUAUUGUGUUUUCAGAUGGUUCGACUCUAUCUCAUCAUUCACCUGCCAAUCACUACCCGAGUAGUGAAAUGGAACAUCCAACAAAGCAGAUGGGGAAUGGCACUUGGCAAAAUAAUGACAUGUUUGAGAGGCAGCAGAAGUUUGCCAAAGCAAUCUAUGACUUCAAGAAAAGGAAUCCCAAGGAGCUCACAGUGAUAGCAGGAGAUGUUCUAGAGGUGCUGGAGGCUUCUAAUCAGUGGUGUAAAGUAAAGGACAGGAAUGGUGCUAUUGGUCACAUCCCCCACAACAUCUUAGAGUUUAUGGAACAGGACAGAAGUAACUCCUCGGAUGGCAACUUCCCGUACCUGCCCAGGGCUCCUCAGGUGACUAUGGAUUCCACUGCUGGAGAGGUGACAGCAUGGCUGCAGGACAAAGGCUAUUCCAGAACUACUGUGAUGUCUUUGGGGGUUCUCACAGGUUCACAGUUACUGAGUCUAUCUGAGCAAGAGUUGACAAUGGUUAGUGCGAAUGAAGGAUACCUUGUUUAUAGUGAAAUUCACAGGAGUGGGAAGCCCAGUCACCCAGCCAUCCCUCCAUGGAAGACAAGUUAUUAGUAAUUAUCAGAGGAUUGAUAAUCUACACAAGAAAACCUAUUUAAAGACAAUAUUGUGGACAUGAUGACUUGGACAAACCUAUUUAGAUUCAUAUUUCAGUGUUUACCUGUAAACUUUCUUUUAUAAGUAGCGUUAGUAUGUUCAGCCUGCUCUUAAAAUCGAUAUCUAUGAAUUAUGAAUGAAGUUAUGUUUAAAAUUUCCAAUCCAAUGCUCCAGGUUCCUAGCCAAAGAAAUAUAUUUGCAGUUAGAAGAGUUUAAUGUUCUAUAUCUUUAUUCAUUGAGAAAAAUCCAAUGGAACUCAAAUUGAAAGCUGACUAUUGGCAAGAAAUCUUCUGUUAAUAUGGCAGUAUACCAGUAAGAGAAUAAGCUGUGAAGACAGACAGGGUUGGAUGUCAUCUUGGGUGGUGUAACCACCGACAGAAGGCAUGAACCUGCAGUUAUAAAGCACUUUUAUAAUUUCGUAAGAUCUGAAUGCAUUUCAGAGCUAAUAGAUUACUUCGGAUAAGUAACCGGUGAUGUUCGCAAGGCAAUAUAAUAAGUUUGCUCAUUGAGUGAUGAAUACUGGAAUAAAACAGUUGGGCUGAACUGUCUGUUUAGUGUUGAGAAUUCCGUCUGAUUCCAUGUAAUAAUGAACAAGCUAAUGGUUCCAACACAAACUACAUUUUAAAGAGGAAUUUCACACAGAGGUCCUUUAUUUAGGAAUCUUGGAAAAGUUAUACAAUACAGCUCUCCUCUCUUCUUCUGUUCUCCAUCCUGGUUAUUCUCUCACGCUUUCUCUUCUCACUUGUUCAUCACCUCCCUCUGGUUCUCCUCAUCCUUUCUUCCAUGGUCCACUGUCCUUUCCUAUUAGAUUCUUUCUUCUUCAUCCCUUUACCUCUUCCAACUAUCCCUUCUCAGUUUCUUACUUCAUCUCCCUCCCCUGCCUGCCUCAUCUGGUCUCACUCCUGUCAGUUUGUACUUCUUCCCUUCCCCCCUCCUUCUCAUUCUGUCUUCUUUCCCCUUCCUUUACAGUUCUGAUGAAGGGACUUGGCCUGAAUGGUCAACUGUUUAUUUGCCUCCAUAAAUGCUGUCUGAUUUGUAGACUUCCUCCAGUAUGUUGCACAAGACUUUAAUAAUAAAUUUACUUUGAACUUUGAUUUCCAGCAUCUGCAGAAUCUCUUGCAUAUACAAUCUAGUUUUUCUCAUGUGAUGUUUCUAAAGAAACUCACAACCAAUAAGCUCCUGUGACAGAUCAGCAAUAAAUUAUUUGUCUGGUAUUUUGUCUAGAUGGAUAUAAACCAAACAUGGGCAAAUGGAACUAUCUCAGGCAAAUUGGUCAGCAUAGCUGGGAUGGGUUAAAGGCCUGAUUCUGUGCUGUACAUAGUUCUGUAACUAGCUCAAAGACCCAGCACAGUAGGAUGGGCUGAAUGAGCUCUAUAUACAGACCAGAAAAGUUGAGCCUUUGGCUGAAUGUAGUUGUUAGAGUUUGGAGAAGGGGAAGGAUCAGAAAUGAGAUUAAGCAGGUUUGCCUGUUCAUCUGGCCCUCUUCUCUCAAGUUGAGGACUGUUUACAUUUAUUUAAUUUUCCCAGUUCUUGGAAUGGGAUCAGUGCUCCAUAGAAGCGGGCAUUACAUCCAUUAUCUCUUCAGCCCAGGUUGGAGAUGAGAGCCCAUUUCGCUCGCUCUCUGCGAACGUUCAUUCCUCUCCAGGGCGCCUUUUGCUGUUCUGUAGUUUGGUCAAUUUAGAUGCCAUUCCAGAUGGACUGAAAAGACAAGGUGUUGGGAUCCGAAACGAGAGCUGAUUUUGCUCACUCUCCACGGUGGUCACUCCUCUCUCCAAGGUGCUGAGGCUAUGAAGACUGCCCUGGCUGCUGUGCUUCAUGCCCACUAAUAUGAUGAACUGAUAAGUGAGGCUUUGGGUCUACUCCAGGCUGCUCCAGGGUUCAGAUCUGACGACUCAAUUUGGUUCGGAGUGUUGUUGUUCAGUUCAAUUCUUCUUGUGAUUUGUAUUUUUUUCUUUUCUCUUGUGCAUUGGGUGUUGGUCUUCUAUUUUUAACUUUUUUUAAAUUGGGUUCUUUCAGGUGUCUUGCUUUGUAGCUGUAAGCAAACAAAUCUCAAGGUUGUAUAAUUUAUAUAUUCUUUGAUAAUAAAUGUACUUUGAAUCUUUGAA